AUGAUAGCUAUGUCCAAUGUGGCAACAAAAAUUGAUUUAGAACGUGGAAAUAAGCUAGACAUAGAAGAUGAAGCUACCUUAAGGAUUCAAAACCUUACAACUGAUGAACAAGAAAAAUUCAAACGUGUUCAAGUAGAGUAUGAUGUAGCGCAGUCUCUGAGCUUUAAAGUGCCUCGGGAAAUGACAAACUCCAUGUGGGUAAAAGUCUUGAAGGGAGAUACGCAAAGUCGGAGAAAGAGAUUGUUUAGCUAUUUAUGCCAGAUUGAGUCAGAACGGAAUAAAAGAAUAGAGAAGAAACAAAAGAGACAGGAGCAUCUUGAGCUGCAGAGACAAAUACGUGCCGAGGCAGGGGAACCCGAUGAGAUAAUUAGCAGGCUUCACAUCAAAAUUCACCGUAGCUAUAUGUCAAGGUACUGGAACAAUGGACUGGUACGAGCCUUGAUGUUUGGCCAACCAAUUGUCUUCGACAUGGGAUUCACUGAAUAUAUGACGGAGAAAGAGAACAUCGGUGCAGUUGAACAAAUAGCCAUGGCAUAUGGUCAGAAUAAGAUGAAUUAUGAACCAUUUAACAUUCAUUUCUGUAACUGUGCACCUGAUUCCAAAUCAUCUCUUUGGUUGAAUGAUAAAUUAAAAAACGAAUUUGUUCAACAACCUUUAUGCGAAAUAACCAGUAAAAGUUACCUGGAUAUUUUUCCUAAAGAAAAGCUGGUGUACCUAUCGCCAAAUGCCCCCCAUGUUCUUAAGGAAUUUGACAGUGAUGCUGUAUAUAUCAUUGGUGGCUUAGUGGACCUCUCUGAAUCCAAACCAUUGACCAUGGCGAAGGCUAAAGAGGAGAGAAUUCAGAUGGCAAAGCUCCCACUAGAUAAUUACUUACAAUUUAGAAAGGGUCAUAAAUCGCUGACCCUUGACCAAAUGAUGAAGAUCAUGCUAGAGUUACGUGAUACAAGAGACUGGAUGAAAGCUUUUCGUCACGUCCCACAGAGAAAGCUGGACAGGCAAACAAACGAGACAAUAGAAAUGUUACGGGACAGACAUGUCCCAAGUAAAAGACCUCAAAAGGAAAGAGGUGCCACUAGUGGGAAACCUCAAAAAGAAAGAGGCAGUACUAUUGAAAUGCUACUUAACCAACUUGAUUGAAGGAUAUAGACACUGGAUUUUACUAGGUACCUUAGUACUUGUCCCUCAUAGCCUCAUUGUGGUCAUUUAUACUACUGUACUUCUGUAACCAUGUUCAUCUGGUGCUCAUGUCAAAUCUGAGGCAAAUUCAAAACUUCUUUUUACUAAUUACAAUGAGGUCCCUUAUGUCUAUAACUCAAGUGUUGAUUGCAGGUCUUCUAAAAUAAAAAAACAGGCAAUUGUUCAUGCCAAAUUAAUAUGUUGUGCCAAAAAUAGUCAAUGGUUACAGAAUAUUACAACAAAUUGAUUAGAAUAGCUUUAUUUUUACAGAGAAUGAAUUUAAAAAAGUCAUUCUUGCAUCAAUUCUCUGGGCUACCCUUCUGACAACAUUGUGAUGC